AUGUCUGCGGGUUGGAGGCCGAAGAUGGACACGCACGAGACUCGAAUUCAAACAGUGUAUAAGACACUUCGCACGUCAAAGCCGAGCCACGAAGGCUGCCUUACGCAUGACCAAAUGGACCUCAGCAAGCCCUACUGCUGCAGCAGCAUUGUACAGGGGAGCGACAAAGUACCUGCCAUUCUUCGACGGGAGGGGGGGGGGUCCCGUGGCAAUCCGGGGCCCGGAGGCAGCGCAGUAGCUAUCCGUACAGCAGACGCCACUGUCCACGCCCAGGUCUGCUGGAUCGGCACGAUGUCGUACGCCAAUCCGCGCUUCACCAACAACAUAAGAGAGCACCUCGGCUUAUUCUGCGGCCUCAAGGCCUGUGAUAAGCACACCUUUGAACCGUUACACGUUAUCGGAGCCAAACACUUUCAAAACUACUAUUGGCAGAGCAGGAAACUCGCCGACAGACUUGACGUGGUGGCGUGGCACCAUCAUCUGAGGGAGUUUAACAAGAUGGCUGAUACAUUGGCCAACAUGGCGAUGGAUAAUACAAGUAGCACGCAGGGCCUUCUGUCUGAGGACACAACGGCAACAGUACGCUGGGCGAAAGUGCUUAAGCACCUACACAAUGGUGUACGGCCAACGGAAGACAGAGAACGGAAUCUGGUGCGGAGAGGACAGUACGAAAUCUGCGGCGUAGAGCAGAGGACGAAUUCUGCGGUGAAGAGCGCGGAGCGAUAA